CCGCUGCCCGGCGGGGGGGGGGGGGGCAUGGGCCCCGCUCUGCGCCCCCAGGAAGAGAGGGAGCCGCACCUCGGCACCCCCAGAUAAGGGACGCCGGCGCCCGGAGGGGGCACCCCGAGAGAGUGACGGGCCGCGGGGGCACCCCUAUAAUCCCAUAAAGGGGGGUUGUGUAGGCUUCCCUAUAGGGGCGGGUGUGAAUAGGUCCCCCCCCCCCCAGAUCCAUAGGGUUACACACCCUGGUGGUUUGGGAGUGGAGCCCUGUCACCCCAAGGUAAUCAGAGGACCAGAGACCCCUGUGGGGCCCAGUGAACAAAGCCCCCUUGGGCUCAAAUCAGGAUCUCCCCGUAACCACCUUUUCCCCAGCAUUUAAAGGUUUGGACGCUCUGAGGAUUUAUCACGUUUGAAGAUUUCUCUCUUCCUUUUGGGACGUUUUUGCCCCUGGGAGAACUUGUGUGUGGUGUUUGGAUUUUUUUUUUUUUUUUUUUUUUUUGUUAAGAGCCCCUUUGAUCUGGAUAUUCUGGCGGAGCUAAGGUGUUUUUGACCUGAAUUUGCCUUCUGUGAGUGUCUCUUCUGGAGCAAGGCUGGAUCUCGGACACGGGUUUAUGCGUGGGGGCAACGCAUCUGGGGAGAUCCCUGCAAGAAUAGUAAAAAUGCAAAUUGGAUAAAAAGAGGACUCCUUGCCCAGGGCUCCAAUGAGUGGCACACAGUCCACAAUCACGGACAGGUUUCCUCUCAAAAAACCUACAAGGCAUGGCAGCAUUCUGAGCAGAGAGACUCCAGCUGACAAGAAACAGAAGGUUGAACGCUGCAGUAGUACACACGACUUUGAUCCUACAGAUAGCUCCUCCAAGAAGACAAAGUCUAGCUCGGAGGAGAGUAGAUCCGAGACGUAUGGUCUCGUUCAGCGUUGUGUUAUUAUCCAGCGGGAUGAAAAUGGAUUUGGGCUGACAGUUAGUGGAGACAAUCCAGUCUUUGUGCAGUCAGUCAAAGAAGAUGGAGCAGCUAUGCGGGCUGGAGUGCAGACAGGUGAUCGAAUCAUCAAGGUGAAUGGGACUCUUGUAACAAACUCAAACCAUGGGGAUGUGGUGAAGCUGAUAAAGUCGGGUUCCUAUGUAGCUCUCACUGUGCAGGGGCGCCCACCAGGGUCGUCCCAGAUUCCAUUAGCUGAUUCUGAAGUGGAUCCAGCAGUAUAUGGGCAUAUGUCUCCCAUCAUGACAUCUCCCCAUUCGCCUGGCACAUCUGGAAACACAGAGAGGAUUACUAGCCCAGUGCUGAUGGAGGAGGAGAACAAUAUUGUUCACAACCAGAAAGUGGAGAUUCUGAGAAAGAUGCUGCAGAAAGAGCAGGAGCGGCUGCAGUCCUUGCAAGAAGAUUACAGCCGAACACCCACCCCACGACUGCUUAAGGAGAUUCAGGAAACCAAGAAGCACAUCCCUCAGCUGCAAGAACAGCUGUCCAAAGCCACAGGCUCUACUCAGGAUGGAGUUUUGUCCUCCAGAUCUGUGACAGAGUCACUGCAGAUCAGUGAAGUAGAGGCAGAGAGUGGGGAUGGGCUGAGCAAAAUAGACUACAGCAGUGGUGAUGGCUCCCGGCCCAACAGUGACAUUGCUGAUAGUCCCCGGAGUGGCCUGAAGGAACGGAUUUACCUGGAGGAGAGUCCAGAGAAGUGUGAGAUUCAAGAUACUGAUUCUCAAUCCAGUAUUGGGAGUCCCUCCUCCCGCCUGGCACCUCAGAUCAUCGGAGCAGAGGAUGAUGACUUUGAUGCUGAACAGGAGCAGAUCAAUGGGCAAUGCAGCUGUUUCCAGAACAUAGAGCUGCUGAAAUCUCGCCCGGCUCACUUGGCUGUGUUCCUGCAUCAUGUGGUGUCCCAGUUUGACCCGGCAACGCUGCUCUGCUAUCUUUAUACAGACUUGUACAAACAGACCAACUCCAAAGAGACUCGUCGUGUCUUCCUUGAGUUUAACCAGUUCUUCCUGGACCGAGCUGCGAAUCUGAAGGUUCCUGUUCCAGAUGAAAUUUGUAUAGAUCUAGAAAAAAGAAGGCCAGAACUCAUUCCAGAGGAAUUGCACCGCCAUUAUAUCCAAACUAUGCAAGAUAAAGUCUAUCCAGAUGUCCAGAGGCAUCUGGAAGAUUUCAGACAGAAGCGUAGCAUGGGAUUGACGCUGGCCGAAAAUGAACUGACCAAGCUGGAUGCAGAACGUGUCCGUGACCGGAUCACAUUAGAGAGAGAGAGAGCGUGUGCAGAGCAGAUAAUUACCAAAAUCGAGGAGGUGUUGAUGACUUCUCAGCCUCUGGAAGAGGACAAGAGUUCAACCAUGCAGUAUGUGAUUCUCACCUACAUGAAGUAUCUGGGUGUGAAAGUCAAGGAGCCCCGGAGUUUGGAGCAGAAGCGCGGACGUAUUGGUUUCCUGCCAAAGAUAAAGCAAAGUAUAAAGAAAGAGAAAGAAGGGGAGGAAAAAGUGAAGAGGAGAGGCUUCCCCAGUAUCCUGGGACCCCCAAGGAGACCGAGUCGCCAUGACAGCAGUGCAAUUGGCAGGGCUAUGGAAAUGCAGAAGCAGCGCCAUCCAAAGCACUUAUCCACAGCCUCUUCAGUUAGUCCAGAGCCGCCAGACUCUGUCAAGAUGCGCCAGAGUGGGUCCUCUAGCGAUGGCGCAGACAUGACAUGCCCUCCUGCCAAUCCCAUGUCUCCAUUAGCUAUGGGGCCCUUUACCUCCCCGGAGGGAAGCAAGGACAGCGAGACAGGCCCCAAGCAGUCUGGAGAUGCUCCACCUCUUAGUGACUCUGUGGAUGGCGCACCCCGCACCCCUAACACUGUCUUUGAUUUCCCAUCCCCUCCGCUGGACCAGCUGCGAGAGGAGGAAGGAGAACUUGAUAGAUUAGCUGACUUGGGAACACCAAAACCAUUCCGAAAGAUGGACAGUGUGGGCUUUGGGGAUGUUCAGAGUGAGGAUGAGCUGUUUGAUUUUGACACAGAGACUGAUCCUCCCAACUGGCAGCAGCUGGUGAGCCAAGAGGUGCUGCUGGGGCUGAAACCCUAUGAAAUCAAACGCCAGGAAGUGAUUAAUGAGCUGUUCUACACUGAGCGAGCUCACGUCCGCACGCUGAAGGUUCUACAUCAGGUCUUCUUCCAGCGUGUAUCCCGUGAAGGCAUCCUGACCCCCUCUGACCUGCACAAAAUCUUUUCCAACCUGGAGGAUAUCCUUCAGCUCCACACUGGUUUGAAUGAUCAGAUGAAAACUGUCCGUAAACGGAAUGAGACCUCUGUUAUUGAUCAGAUUGGGGAAGACUUGCUAACCUGGUUCAGUGGAGCAGGAGAGGAGAAGCUGAAACACGCAACUGCCACCUUUUGUAGUAACCAGCCUUUUGCUCUAGAGGUGAUCAAAUCACGGCAGAAGAAAGACUCUCGCUUCCAAACCUUUGUGCAGGAUGCUGAGAGCAAUCCACUGUGUCGCCGGUUGCAGUUGAAAGAUAUCAUUCCCACUGAGAUGCAGAGGCUGACUAAGUACCCCCUUCUGCUGGAUAAUAUCGCUAAGUACUCAGAACGGCCUGAGGAGAAGGAGAAAGUGAAGAAAGCAGCAGAUUACUGCCGUCAGAUCCUUAACUAUGUGAACCAGGCUGUCAAAGAAUCAGAGAAUAAACAGCAUUUGGAAGAUUAUCAGCGUCGCCUUGACCUGUCCUACUUGAAGCAGUCGGAGUAUCCUAUGCUGGAUGAGAUUAGGAACUUGGAUUUAACCAAGAGGAAGAUGAUUCACGAAGGACCUCUGACCUGGAAGGUUAAUCGGGACAAGACUAUUGAUCUCUACACACUGCUCUUGGAGGAUAUUCUAGUGCUGUUGCAAAAGCAAGAUGAUAAACUGGUGCUGAGGUGUCACAGUAAGAUUCUGGCAUCCACCUCUGACAGCAAACACACAUUCAGUCCUGUUAUCAAGCUGAACACUGUGCUGGUUCGCCAGGUGGCGACAGAUAACAAAGCUUUCUUCGUCAUCUCCAUGUCCGAAAACGGCGCCCAGAUUUAUGAAUUGGUGGCACAGACUGUUUCUGAAAAGACUGUAUGGCAGGACCUGAUCGCUCGGAUGGCAGGGACAGUAAAAGUCGAGGCAUCUAAAAGGCCGAUUCCAUUACCACAAUCAGGACCUGGCGACGAGGAGCGUGAGGAAGAGGAGCAGCAGAAGCUGAAAGACGAACAGCAUGAUAUCCCUGCCAGUGGUAUGCAGAGUCCAGAUAAAGAUUUGGGACUUGAGCCUUCCUUGAUGCUGAAGGCUCAGUCUCCUUCGGCAAUCAUGGCUGAGAAGUCGGAGGUGGUAGAUCUUCUUGUGACUGAAAGACAUUUUGAGAAAGAGCAAGGGGCAGAACUGACUCUCAAAGAACCCUCUGGGCACUAUGGACCAGCAUUCCCUUUCCAGAUCUCAGAAGAGCGGUGGGCACUGGAUGCACUAAGAAACUUGGGCUUGCUGAAGCAGUUGUUGGUGCAGCAGCUGGGCAUGCCUGAGAAGGGGACCCUUGAAGACUGGCGAUGUUUUCCCAGGUAUAGGGCCAUUUCCCGGGGGGCCCAGGCAGAGAGAGGUAUCCAGCAUGGACUACGGCAUUCUGACGACAAGAUGCAGCAGUCUGGAACAGACCAGAUGCCUCCCGGAACAGGAACUAGUGAAUCUGCAGCUUGUUAUGGUCUCCGGACUUCAACCGAGUUUCCAGCUCCACUGGAUGCUGUGCAGCUGGGGUUUAGAGACACCAGGUCUACUAACAAUUUAGUAAUGGACCAUGUGAGCAUGAACCUGGAGACCCCUACCCCGGAGCUGGAAGGGAUGGGUGCUGAUGACAGUGGAGAGCACUUCUUUGAUGCUCGUGAGGCCCACAGCGAUGAGAAUCCAUUGGAAGGUGAAAUAAUGGAGAGGAAGGAGGAUGAGGAGGUGCACUUACGGAUCUCAGGAAAUUAUUUGAUCCUUGAUGGGUAUGGAACGGUGCAGGAGAGCUCUACGGAUGAGGACGUGUCCUCUCUAGUUCUACAGUGCACUGCAGGCCAUUCCUCUGUGGACUCAGCACACCAGCAGCAGAUUUCCCCACGAGAUGCCCAGUCCGAUGAAGGGAGCUCCCCGUUUGCCGAGGAAUUUAUGGCCUCGCGCUGGGGGCCAGUGGACGAAUUGUGCUCCGAUGCACCGAGCCCCCACUUCUCCGUAGAGUCGCGUGUCCAAAUGAUGCAGUACAUUCAGAAGAUAGAGGCUGACCUUGAACACUUAAAGGAAGUCGAGGAAAACUACACCACUCUCCUUCGCCAAAGGCUGGCUGGCUCAGCCCUCACAGAUGAGCAUUCAGACAAAAGUUAGUCACGUUUUCUGGAAGUGGCUGAAAAUUGGAUGAGAGCAUCAGCCUCACAUCAGCACCUACUAGCUUUCAUGCGGACUCUGAGACAAGAGCGUUCUGUCUGUGGACCAUCCAAGUGCUAAUCAUGCUCUAGCAGAGUGGGGAUGGGGUGCUUUCUCUGUGGGCAUCUGCAUUAGAUUGUCAGUGGGGGAGUCUCUUCCGUUCUCUCCUCCUCUUGCUACCGGAAAUUUUGUUAUUGAUUCAGAACAACAAAAGAAACCAAACCAAAUGUACAGAGCUUUGGGUGUAGGAUAUAAAAAUGUAUUUAGACAUUUAAAAAAUCAAUGUAUUUAUUUGACUUCAUUCCAUGUAUCAAAAGCACAUUUUAAUUUUUUUUAUUUGCUUUUGUUUUAAUUGGGUAAUGACAGUUCUAACCCUUGAAAUCUAGUGCACUCUGGAUCCCACUGCUCCAGAAGCAAAGUUCAGAUCUGAGAAGGUGGGGAGGGGUGUAUUUUGUGUCUUGAUUUCACUGGAUUGGACUCCAUGCUCCCUGCUGGCAACCCAGCUGCCACACGCAGAGUUAUUUGCAAAGGUGUUCUGAUGACCUUUGGUGGGAACGGGCUACAUUCAACAGCCUGUGGACUGGCUCCAUUUGGAGCAAAUGCCUGUUCUUCAUAGCUCAUGUGCAAUGAGAAUUCUCCAUGCACUAAAUAGCCAGGCACUUCAAAUUAGCAAACCAUUUUUCCCCUUGGUGGUCUCCUUCAUUGACUUGGGGGAUCGGACAGGGAGAGGAGAAAGUUGGGUUUAAUUUUUUUCUUGACUUUGUUGGCCUUGAUAAUUGUCUCCUAUUUAAAGCGAUAAACAAUAUUUGGAGCUCCAGCACUUGUGUAACUGUUCACCGGAUCAAGCAGGAAAAAAUGCAAACCUAGAAAUGUGGAGGUGUCUCACUAAAUCACUACUGAAUGAAUGUUGGCUGCCAUUUGAGUUAGCCACAGGUACUGCUGAUUAUAGGGCCAGUAAAUGUUAGUACCUGGAGGUGUGUCUUGCUGAGUUUCAUGGGGGGGUGAGGGGUGUUUAUUUUUACUGGGGGGUUUUUUGCUUUUGUUUUUUGCACUGAUUGUACCAAAGUGCUCUCAGAUUGGAACAGAUAGGUGCAUUGCAGAGAAGGCAGAACUGCUGGAACCCAGACCCAAUUCUCUAACACUUCCCAUAGGCCAGUUCCAACAGUUUUCUGUUGGACUUUGUUCCAGACUGACCCUCAAAAUGCAAGCUGAUAACAGAACUAGCACUGGACAUCCAGACUGGUUAUUGAUAGUGCCUGCUCUGAAAUUGGUACUAGGAUGGACACUACCUGCUGUGGGACAGUUGGUUCAGGACAUUCUUAGCCUGUCAAACUUCUGGAAUCACAAACUGCUAAUUUAAAGUGUGCAUGACACAUUCUUUCUGCACCGGGUACCCAAGAUUUAAACUAUUUUACCAAUCGGAAUUGAAUAAUAUGCCAAACUAGUAAAUCCUCUUACCCUCUUAGAACCAUUACAAGAAAGGUGUGCACUACUGCAUGGACCAUAAUGUGUGGAGAAUAUCUUUUGAUCAGUGGAAAGGUCAUUCUCCCUUCUCCGUUUUUCCCUGUAGCUAAUGACAGAGGAUCAAAAGUGCUUUUCCACUCCUGUGAAGUGAAAGCCAGUUCUUGUCCUUUCUUUUUUAAGAAAAAGAGCUUAUCCAGGUUGUUCUCAGUUGAACUGAGAUGAUUUUGGAUCCACUUUACAAGUUGGGGCCAUUGGAGAGCAGGGAGGAUUCUCUUGCAGAAGCCAAGUGCAUGGAGCACUUCACCAGCAGGAUUCCCCAUGUUCCCAAUGCAAGCCCAAAUGUUACCUUCUAGAUUGGCAGUGGCAUCUCACUGGUUCCAAGCUAGGGGCUCCUGUGUUACACUUGUAUGAACAUAUGAUCAGCAUCAGAUAAGAGCUUCUAGUGUCAGACAGGCAGGAGCUCAGUCCCAGCCAUAUGGUUCUGUUAGUUUUAAACAUCUAGACUUGCUCUAAUGAACCCAGAAAUUAAACCGUUGUAACAAAUGGUGCCUGACACUGUGUGGAGUCUCCCUUUUACCCAAUACUGCCACAAAGAUCUCUUGGUCCAUGGCCAAGCUUAGUUUUUGAUGCCCUUUUCGUUUUAUAGCUACUGUUUCUUCCCCCCAGCCUCUUCUCUGUAGCAGCAUGUCUCUCUUACAGGGAUGGACGGAAGAGCUGAUUUUCCCGCUGCAUGAAUUGGAGAAGUUGCUAUAGCCCUGCUGCACUAGCCUUUAUAACCCAUUUCCUGAGCUGUCCAAGCCAUGCUUGAGCAUAGACCCUUCCUUACUUUGGGCUGCAUUUAAUAAAGAGUUAGCCCCGUUGUGCAAAUACAGGUUCAAAGCCCAAUGAAGAUGGGGUCUAGGAGAGCAUCAUGGCCAAGCUCUUUGCCAUUGUCACUCAAGGCCAAAUCCUGAGAUUUUCAGCCUCCUUACUAGGUGCAGGAAGCCUAACGUUCGUGGUGAGCAGCAUGCUUCAUAAGCAGCGGAGAGAUAAGUGUGUAAUGAUGGCCUAGUGGGGAAUGGUCUGCAGUUCCAUGUCCUGGCUUGUCUGACUCCUCUGCCUUGUGUGCUAGCAUUUGGGGAGAAAUCCCCCACUACUCUAUUAGCAACAGUGCAGCUCCACCAGAGGUGGGGGUGGUGGAAGGGCUAGUGAAGGUAAAGCGUAGAAAUUGACCUUAGCGUGUCAUCUAGACUUGCACUCAGGUUACCACUGCUGGAGCUGCAGGGGUGAGAGAGUUCCCCUAAAACGCUAACUUAGCCAUAGCCUUUAGUCCAGCGGGAGGUGGGAUGGAAUAUUCUCUCCCCAACCUCUCCAUAUGUAUAAGGGGAAAUGUUGACUGUCCCAUUCUCAGCUGUGGUGGUGGUGGUGACACAUGAAUCUUUGGGAUGAUUUGGCUGGUAGGAGUGCCAUCAAAGAGAUACUGCGGAUCUUCUUGAGCUAGCAAAGAAAGGUACACUACGUAGACCCAGCUUUAUGGGAAGUGAAAUGACGUGCUGUGUUGUACUUGGUCCUACUUGUUUUUCCAUAUGGAUCAAUCUCAUGUUAAGGGCAUUAUUCCUUGGUGAGGGAUAAGGGAUCCUUCAUUUUCCCCAGCAUCAUGACCUGAAAUCACUGGGAUUCCAUUUCAUUCCCUAGCACAUCUACUGUAUCGCAGACCCCAGGCAUGGUUCAUUUUGAAGUGGGGUGGGGGGCUGAUGUUCAAAUGCACUUUUCAGUUCUCAUUUUUAUUUUUUUCAGUAGCCAUGGGUUAUCCCUUCUGUAAAUUCCAGUUUCCAGUCCAGCACAGGAUGACCUGGCAUGUGAUUGUACGUUCCCUUGUUCAGAUUGGACAGCAGUGCACUGUGCUCUCUGAUAUGAGUCUGUCUUUUUCUAAAUAAAAAGAUGACCCACGGUUUCUCAUCUUGAGAGUGAGGAAAGGUUGCUACAAUGCACCCUGCAGUCCCUUCUGAGAAGUGUGUUCAUCUGGUGUUAUGGGAUCUAGUUCAUAGAAAGAAUUGGGUUGUGUGUGUUUGUAACACAGUGUCUUGUCCCACAAAAAGGGGAGUGAUACAGAUGGCAAUACUAUUUAGGCCACAUUUGCUCAGGUUUCUCCCUCUGGCUUUCUCUGUAGGGAGAGGAGAUUAAAACAUCCAAGGGGCAGGAUCAGAAAGGAGGAUCAGGUGUGAAAACCCAAGGGCCUGAGUAGCAUAGAUACCCUCGUCUGCUUUUAUACCACAUCCCUCUGCCUAGUUUCAGUGUUUCCGAUAGAAACACAACAUCUAUAAAAAUGUAGAUACUCGCUGACUGUUACAGAAACUUUGCCCCUUUGGCUAGAAAAGGUGUCUCAGUUACCUGUGUAGGUGAUCCUUGAUUAGAGUUUCAGUGCUGAUGGUAAUUGGUAUUGCCUUUGCCCCCUGGGCUCCCCCAAGAAAUCCCUUUUCUUUUUCAGGUGCCAACUGAUCAGCAGAUGUACUGCAAAAGGGAUACUGCAGCCAACACUGGUUUUAUUUUGAAUUAAGUCUUUUGGAACUCUCUCUUCCUACUAGAAUAUUUUUAUUUUCUUUGUACACCAUACAAUCAUGUACUCUUAACAGAGAUUUACUUUAAAGAGAAGAAGGAAAAAAAAUCUGGAAAUAUUCUUUAAAAAAAUACAAAAAUAUCUUUAUUAAUCUUGUAUUUUUACUGAUCAUGUUUGAAUGUCUAAGCAAAGACUCUAUUGUUGUAUGUUUGUAAAAUAGCUCUUUUAUGACUUAGCGGAUAAGGUUGUAUGUUUUGGGAAUUAAAUAUUGGUCAUUUUAAAAAUAUUUCUGUUUUCAGGAGCUGGGAAAUAGAAAAUUUAAGCAUUCAAAUAUCAUUAAAUAAGCUUAAAGGAA